UCAUCUUCUUCGUCUUUGUUUGUCUCUGUUUUCUCUCACACCCUCUCCCUUUCGAGGGGUUUUUUCUUUUCCCUUUUUUUUCUUUUUUUUUUUCCUUUUUGUUUUCUCUCUUUUUUUUUUUGUUUGUCUUAUAUUUUGUGUUUUCAACUUUGAUUUGUUCCGUUUCCUUUUUUUUUGUUCUUCCCUUUUGUUAUUAUCCUUUCAUCAUCGUCUUCAAACCCUAACCCUAGGAAUCGAAGAUGCAGCAACACAGGUUGAGACAGCAUGCUAUGAUGCAGCACUCUCUCUACCACCACCCUGCUCUCCUAACUCCUCCACAGAUUGAGCCUAUCUUGAGUGGAAAUCUGCCUCCUGGCUUUGAUUCAAGUUCAUGCCGCAGUGUCUAUGUUGGCAACAUUCAUCCUCAGGUUUCAGAAUCCCUUCUUCAAGAGCUUUUUUCAAGUGCAGGCGCACUUGAAGGAUGCAAGCUCAUUAGGAAAGAUAAGUCGUCCUAUGGCUUUGUUGAUUACUUUGAUCGCAGUGCAGCUGCAUUUGCAAUUGUAACUCUCAACGGAAGGCACAUCUUUGGCCAGCCUAUUAAGGUUAACUGGGCUUAUGCUAGCAGCCAGAGAGAGGAUACUUCAGGUCAUUUUAAUAUUUUUGUUGGUGACCUUAGCCCUGAGGUUACAGAUGCAACCUUGUUUGCUUGCUUCUCUGUGUAUCCCACUUGUUCAGAUGCGAAGGUAAUGUGGGAUCAGAAAACAGGGCGGUCCAGGGGAUUUGGCUUUGUUUCUUUUCGAAAUCAGCAGGAUGCCCAAAGUGCCAUAAAUGAUUUAACUGGUAAGUGGCUUGGAAGUAGACAGAUACGUUGUAACUGGGCCACUAAAGGGGCUAACAGCAAUGAUGAAAAGCAGAGUUCGGAUUCUAAAAGUGUUGUGGAGUUAACUAAUGGAACAUCGGAAGAAGCGCAGCAAGUAACCAGUGAUGAUGCACCAGAGAAGAAUCCUCAAUAUACCACUGUUUAUGUUGGCAAUCUCGCUCCAGAGGUUACAUCUGUUGAUCUUCAUCACCAUUUUCAUGCCCUUGGUGUUGGAAUUAUUGAAGAUGUUAGGGUGCAACGAGACAAAGGUUUUGGAUUUGUGAGAUACAGUACACAUGAUGAAGCAGCUCUUGCUAUCCAGAUGGGUAAUGCUCGGAUUCUGUUUGGCAAACCUGUCAAGUGUUCAUGGGGUAGCAAGCCCACUCCUCCUGGAACAGCCUCUACUCCUCUUCCCCUACCUAGUACUGCACAUGUGCCUGGCUUUUCUCCUGUGGGACUUGCAGCGUAUGAACGUCAAAUGGCUCUGAGCAAGAUGGGUGGUGCGCAUGCGGCGCUUAUGCAUCAGCAGAAUCAGCAUGCUGCCAUGAAGCAGGCAGCCAUGGGAAUGGGUGCUCCUAACCAGCACCUUAUGUACUAUCAGUAAAUUGUGUUAUGCAACUCCCCUAGUUAAAGAAGGGA